GUUUGGCUUGACAGGAAGCUUUUGUUUAACUACCAUGUGAAACAGAAGACAGCUGCAGCAACUAGGGCACUUAACAUGAUUUCUAGAUUAUCCAACUCAGAAUGGGGCCUUUCAGCACCAGCAAUAAGGCAACUAUACUAUACCUGCAUUACUCCAAUAGCUGACUAUGGAGCAGAGGUCUGGUGGAAAGGUCAAAUUGGUCUUGCUAACAAGUUACAGAAGUUGCAGGCAGAGGCAAACAGAAGAAUCCUGGGGGCUUUCAGAACUUCACCAACUGCUGCAAUGGAGAUUGAAGCAGCCACCCUUCGCAUUCCAUUGAGACUUGACAGACAGUGUAAGAGAUAUGCUUACAGAGUUUUACAGAUGCUUUCAGACCAUCCUAUCAGGCAGAGAACACCCAGCUCAUUCCCAAGCACCCUUUCCUCAUCUAUUCCACUAGACAGACCAUGCUCCUCCUCCUCUGAGAGUGACAUAUCUUGGACUUCUUCCUACAAGCAACAUAACAGAACAUACUUGUGGAAUCCUCAGCAUGAGCCAUAUGGCAAGAUGCAGGCUGAUUGGAGGAAAACUGAUUCUGAGCAAGCUAAGUUCCCCACCCAACUAAUAAGAGUGUUAAAUACACUAAGUUCAUUCCUGCCUGUAGGACAAGAUGUUGAACAGUGUUACCCAAACCUGCAACCACCCUGGGAUACCAACCUGCCUGACACCACCUCCAGACUUGACAUCACUAUCAGCCAGGAAGACAAAGACACUGCAGCCAAAAGUCAUAUUACUCUCCUCAACUCCCUCGACAAUUCAGAAAACCUUGUUCUCUACACAGAUGGAAGUGAACUGCAAAAUGGAGGAGUAGGAGCAGGAGUGGUAAUGAUGCAUGGUGGUGGGAUUGUUGGAAGAUGGAGAGUUGGAUUAGGAUGUGGGAUGAAGGUGUAUGAUGGGGAAUUGGUAGGUAUUGCCAGCGCACUCACAGAAGCCAGCAGGUCCAGCCUAUCCUUCAAGCACAUCUUGGUUUUCACCGACAACCAAGCAGCAAUCAGCAACUCUCACAGACUCUCUCCCCACCCUGGACAACAAAUUUCUCAACAGAUUCAACAACUUACAAAGGACCUUCUGUCCUCUGACCUGGACAUACAGCUUCAUCUCUCUUGGGUACCAAGUCACACUGGUAUUCAAGGUAAUGAUGAAGCUGACAGACUUGCAAAACAAGCAGCUGAGUAUCCCCAACCUGAUAUAGACAGUUUCCUCUCACUGACCAAAUUGAAGACACAGAUCAAGCAGUCUGCCCUUAAAGCCUGGCACCAGUACUGGACACAGCUACAACCAGCUAAACAGGGCAGACAUUAUAGGUCUAUCCACUUCCACCUACCUUCUCUGCAUCCUCCACUACACUUCUUUCAGCUCCACAGACCACAACUUGCAACUGUCACCCAACUUAGACUUGGGCAUGGCUGCUUCAAUACCUAUCUUAGCAGAUUGGAUGAGAAUGUUAGUGACAGAUGCAGUUGUACUAAGAGCACACCACCACCACAGACACCAGAACACCUGAUCCUAUACUGCAGCAGAUACCAACAGCAUAGACACCUCCUAAGAUCA